GUGUAACGAUCAGAUGAGUUUUCGAGAUCAUUGGCAUUAAAAGAUUAUCAUUUUUAUAUUUAUAUAUUUAAAUAAAAUUAUUACAUUUUUUUUUUUUAGUUGCUUGUUUAUUAUUUUUUACUAAGUAUUUAAUAGUAGUGAGUUUUAAAUUUAUUAAAAGUAUAAUUUUUUUUUAUGUAGUUGGUGAGUGAACGAAAACAAUUACUGUUAAUACUCAUAAUACUAGAGCGUAAGCAAAUAACGUUAUCAAACCUCUGAAGAAUAUGGCAAGUUGCGACACAGUGUCCAUGAUGACGUCUCAACCACAUAAAUUGAUCAGCAAAGAAUUUUCUUACGAGUUCAACAAAAAUGUCCCCCAGUGGUCAGUGAUGGACGUCAGUAACUGGUUCAAACAAAUAGGAUUUAGUGAAUUAAGUUAUUCAAUCAGAUUUUUGGAAAAUCAAAUUGAUGGCGAUCUGUUAUUGCGAUUAACCGAAGAUGAAUUGAGAUACGAUUUAGGAAUACACAACGAAGUAAUGAAGAAAAGAAUUAUGAGGGAACUUAACAAUUUAAAACAAUCAGCCGAUUACAGUUGUAUUGACUCAACAGGCUUAAAUUCGUUCUUAAAAUCAGUCAAUCCGGAAUAUUCUAUGUACACAUAUUCCAUGUUGAGCGCUGGAAUCAAUACGGAUACAAUGAGGUUUAUAACUGAGGACCAACUUCAAAAUGUUUGCGGAAUUUCAAACGACACUCACAGACAUUGUAUAAUAAAUUCAAUCAAAAAAAUGCCAGCAUACGUAGAAAACAUGGAUAAACCUUACGAUGCUUUUAUCAGUUAUAAACGAUCUACUAGUUCUGUGCUGGCUAGUUUGCUUAAAGUAUACUUGGAAAUUCGAGGUUACAAAGUGUUCAUCGACGUGAAACGAUCAAAUGAUGCCAAGUAUCGGAAUAACGUAUUGCAGACCGUAAAACAGUCAAAAAACUUUAUUACUGUGUUGAUGCCAGAUUCAUUAGAUACACAUUUGAUGGUUUCAUUAAACGAGGAUAUCGAGUUUAUAGAUAAUUAUAUGAUUAGAAAGGAGAUCGCGACCGCGAAACAAAGCCGGUGCAAUAUAAUACCAGUAUUGAACAAUUUCUCUUGGUCUUCGUUUGCACAGUUACCAGAUGACUUGAAAAACUUGAACGCGUACAACUCGAUAAGCUGGGUGCACGAAUAUCAGGAUGCGUGCGUGAACAAGUUGGUGAAGUUCAUGAUCAAAUGAUAGUUACACACACUCUUUACUUUCGAUAUUUAUAUCUUAACUGUAUCGAAAACAAACUAAUAUUUAUACCUAAAUUAUAUUGGAAACAUAUUAAUAUCUAUAUAUAUCGAAGCUGUAUUUAAAACCAACUAAUAUUUAUAUUAUUACCUAACACUUAUUUGCGUUUCAAUUUAUUUAAUAUUGUCAUCAUAAUUUGUGAGUAAUUUACUUAUCAUUAUCAUUUUUUUUUUUUUUUUAUUGUUAACCAAUAUUCUAACUAUUAUAAUGCGAAUAUUUAAUAUAUUAAUUAAAAUUAAGUGUAUACUUAUAUACUAGCUGAUCCCACACGGCGUUGCCUGUGACAAAUUAAAUAAUGUCAUUAAAUUAACUCUGUCUUAAAAUUAUAUACAAUUAAAGCUGACCCCGUGCACUUCGUUGCCCGUUAAAUAUUCCAACUCUAUAAUAUUAUUUAAACUUUGUUUAAUUUUUUUUAUUUAAUAUUCGGUUUAAUGGUGUUCAAAAUUUAAACAUUUGCAUUGAAUAUUUUGAAUCUCAAAAAAUUGUGCAAGCGCCGCUUUAAAAUGCGAAUUUUGUAAAAUACUUUCUUAUUGCGUUUUUAUUCAAGUAUU